UCUCCUCCGGUUCCCGAACGGCAAAUCGAAGUGGCCUCGCUCGUCGCUGGCUCCCAUGCACAAAGGGGGGUGUUGUGUUCUUCGCAUUGUUUACAUGCGGAAUCGGAGGCACCACUCUGGCAUGCGUGCGCGUGUGCGAGCGGCGGCUGUGGGUGCUGCGGCUGCUGCGUCUCCUGCAGCGGCAACGGGGCGCUCCCCUGUGACCGGGGAAAAUAUGUCCUAGACGCGGCGCCGACGACGACGACAAUGAGCGCCGUGCUGGAGCCGCCGGCUACGAGCCCGACUCGACUUCGGGCCCCGUGCGCCCAGCACGUCGUCGACAACGAGUGCUACAUCGUCGACCCCGAGACCCGCGUCACGUACCGCAAGGGAAAGCUGCUCGGAAAGGGUGGCUUCGCACGUGUACACGAGCUUGUUGAUGUCAGGACACAGCAGGUGUAUGCAGGGAAGAUCAUCCCUCGGUGCCAAGUUAGCCGGCCUGGCCAAAAAGAGAAGAUUCUUCGAGAGAUUGACCUUCACAGACCCUUGAUCAACAAGCACGUAGUACGACUGCAUGACUUUUUUGGAGAUGCAGAGAACAUCUACAUCAUUCUGGAGUACUGCCCAAGAAAGUCGCUGGUACACCUGCUCAAGCAGCGUGGCGGGCAGCUUCCCGAGGCUGAGGUUGCUCUGCUGAUGCGUCAGCUGGCUGAUGGGGUCCGCUACACUCACAGCCAGGGUGUCGUACACCGUGACCUCAAGCUGGGCAACAUGCUACUCGACGAGAACAUGGAGCUCAAGAUUGCCGACUUUGGCUUGGCUGCGCGGGUCGCUGACGAGCCACCGAGGCAGGCUGUCUGUGGAACUCCAAACUACCUGGCACCGGAGGUCCUUCGCAUGGAAGGGCACGGUUUUGCAGCGGAUGUCUGGGCCAUGGGCUGCAUCAUGUAUGCUCUCUUGGUUGGCCGGCCACCCUUCGAGACGUCAACACUAACGGAGACGUACCAGAGGAUUCUUCGGGGUGCAUACACGUUGCCGCCUGGACUCUCAGAUGUGGGCCGUAGUCUACUGGUGUCAUUGCUCCAGCCGGAACCUCAGGAGCGGCCAAGUCUGAAUGAGGUGCUGGAGCACCCAUUCCUGAGGCCGCCUCGCGAGCAGUCCGGGCAUCUGAUGGGGAUGCUUUCACGGCUACGGAUCGAGCAGUCUGGGGUGAAUGCAAGCCACUCAACGACACGUACGUCUGGCCACAGCAGCGUACAGGGUUCAGCACGCGACUCCCCCGUGCCCCUUGGUGACUGUGGCCUCUUGGGAACGCUUGGUCGUGUUCUUUGCCCAGACAAACGGAGUUCCAAACUUGGCACCACUCAACUCUUGCAUAGGCUACUGCAGGCCUGCUUAGAUGAAAUGCCCACCUCGAAUUGUGGCGUGCCACCUCCGUGGGCGGGUUCAGCACUGCUUGUGACCAAGUGGAUUGACUACUCCAACAAGUUUGGCUUUGGCUUCCAGCUGUCCGAUCGUACGGUCGGUGUUCUCUUCAAUGAUGCCACACACCUGAGCUUCUCAGCAGACCGCCUGCGGCUUGAAUACCGAGACAGCCAUGGAUCAAUGGAGACCCAUGCUCCGUCUAGCCUGCCGGCCACUCUGCAAGAGAAGUAUGGCCUGCUCAAGUAUUUCGCUCACUACAUGGAAGAAAACCUGACUGAGGGUGGAGAUGUGCCGAAAGCUUCUGGCCGCAAGAAGAAACCCCUUGUGUACCUCCAGCGCUGGAUGCGCACAGAUCGAGCCGUUGUCAUGCAGCUGAGCUGCUCCAUGCUUCAGGUCAACUUCUUUGGGGAUCACACGAAGCUGGUGCUGAGCGCCGAGCGACCGGAGCGUCCCCUGGUCCUGUACGUUGAUGAGCGGCGGCACACGGCGGCCUACACACUGGCCGCCGUCGCCCGCUUUGGCUGCGACGAGGCUCUCCAGGAGAGGCUACGCUUCGCUCUGGGUGCUCUGCAGGAGUUUGCCGAGCUGGAACAGCGCGACCCGCGCCGAAACGCUUGAUCCAAUCAAAGUAAUGACACGGGAUAGUUAGUGGAAUCGUUAACAAAUUGCCGGUGCACCACAAUGAAAGCAGAAGAAAGCGGAUGCAUGUGUAAGUGCUGCAUCUGUGUGUACACCCUUCUGCCUUUGUUGUGGAGCGCUGUCAAUUUGUCUUUGUCACCUGAUCAGUAGCGUGCCUUUCAGCAAUUAGUCAGAAAGCGCUUCUGUUGGCUAGGUGUUUUCAAAACCAGCCCUCCUGCCCCCAUGUUUACCCCCUCCUGUAGCUGUAUCGCCAGUCUGGUGCUUUCAUGGUGGUUUUCGUUAACCACGUCAGGGUUGUAGAAAAGUUACCCAAAGCGACAAGUUUGUCGGUGGUGUAUUCAGCCAGCACCUACUUCGUCAACGGUGUCCCACAUGCUGUGGAUCAGUGCUGCCAUUUCCAAUGUGCCCGAAGCAUUGGUUCCAGAAACAAGCUGUUGAUAUGGCAUUGCAAGUGUUGCGUUGCUUCCAAUUUUUAUUCUCGACAUUGGAAAGAGUGCAUGCUUGUAAAUUUGUACUCAUGGCAGCUUGAAGGAUGCAACUCGUGAAAGACUUAUGAAGGUGCCUUAACAGAAAGCACUUGUCUGUAGCUUUGCGCUUCAAAGCCAGCCCACGUUGCCCAAAGGCCACUCGCUACCCGAGUUGAUUGCAUGCACACUAGUAGUUCGCUCGCACUGUUGAGCUCAGGACAAGUCUUUAGUCAAAGCAGCAAGAGGGCCACCAAUAGGUCGGCAGCUUUAUGGCAUCGGGGUUUUUUCCCGCAUAAUGGGAAGAAAUGGCUCCAGAAGCUGUGGACUGAAGGUAUGGAUCGUUGUAACUGAGAAAAAAAUACCAAAGGCACUCCAUCUUGAGACUUCCAAUGCAUGCUAGGCUCAGUCCUUCCUUUUGGAUGCGUGUGGAUUUGUGUGAGCCACUUCUCCACUUGAUGCAGCUGAGGUCUACUGCUAAGCAAACUCUUUGUUUCAAGUACCAGUUCUUCGCUGGCUACGUUCGAACCCUGUUACAUUCUUGCCUAUGUUGGCAUUCGUCUCGUUAUGACACAAACUUCAUCAGUGGGAUGCAGUUUAGUUCUCAUGUACAUGUAGCUUCUAUAACAUUUGUCAGACAUACAAGAGAGCCUGUGGCUGGUAUGAUGAAAUGAUUCUAUUCCAUUUCUUUUCAUUUCCGCUCAUAAUCUGUUGUCUGAACAGCACUCCACCAAUCGUAUCGCCACAAUCAGCUGGUCGUGAGAAGGGAAUGAUAAUAAAUAGAAUCAAGGUGAAUGGUACCCUUAUACAGAAUACUUGCCUGCAUCUGUAUGGUAAUCACUUCUUGAGGUAGUAGACACAGCAAGGUAAUAGAACUAUGGAAGCAGGCACAGCUAGUGCACUGACAUGUGCUGUGUUACUGUUAGACACCUGGUGCUCGCCAACUCUGCUGUCUACUUUAUUUGGGCCAAAGCAACUGUGCCUAUUGCACUAUCUGCACAGCUGCAGCUUCUUGUCAUUUAUUCCAAUGUGAAGUAAAGACCUCAAGACUGUCAACAACUUGCCUCUGUGUUAUGGUUUAGUUUUGAACAUUCUAUGCUGCUUCCUUUUAUACAAUGCUAUUCUGUCAUAACUGCGAAGGAAGCAUUCUUCAAUGAUAUUAACAGCACGUUUGAAAUAGCAGUCCAUGGGGGUUGCAACUGGUGACUAUGACGUGCUGAGGCAUCUGUUUACAGUUAUGAGGUCUUUGCAGGUAAAAGAAGCAGCAGCUAAGAAAGGAAUAUGUGAAAUAUGUUGUGCCAUUGUAAUGGACGUAUGGUUUGUCAUCACCUGUGGUCAAAUUUUGCAAGCUGUCUGUUGUAAACUGAGCAGCUGCUGCAUAUUUUUUUGUAUGUGCAUGCUAUUGCUUACAAAUUGCAUUUUAAUGUGCCAAUUCAAUGAUGUCAAUUUGCUUUGAUAUGUCGAGUUUGAUAUUUCGUGAUGUGCAAUAUUUUUUUACCCGAAAAAAAUUUGGCGUGACAGCUCUAUUACACUGACUAGGCACCUUCAGUUUCAAAGGCCAUCAAGUUUUGCUUUGAAAAGGGAAGGGAAAAAUGUCGACUGCUUGGUAAAGUUCCAGUGCAUGAAUGGUUUGACUGUCUAUGUGAGCAUAAUUCAAUAGUGGUGAAUGGAGGGGAAUGAUAAUUUAUUUACAGUGUUUUCAAUACUGAGGGAACCAUGUUGUCAAUGCCAUUUUGUUCUAGCAAUGUAGGCAAGGUUUGGGAGCUUUAAAAAUAUGGCUUCAACCAAAGGGUAAUCCACGCAACUACACACAGAAGGAAUCCCAUUCAAGCUUGUCAUAUUUGCAUUGUCUCAACAUGGCUGUCUAAUGCUAGUGGAGCGGUUUUUACUGUGCACUCAUCUGCUUGAGUGCUGAAGUUCCCACAUAUGCUGAGCUCUUUGUAAGUGCUCUCAAUCUAGAGUGUUGUGACACUUGCAGAUUGGAAAAAGAAGUUCUCACUGUUAUCUAAAAAAAAUGCAAUUUACUUUUCAUAUGACGUGGUUUUAGGUAGCAUGACCUCGUCUUUAUGUAACAUAUGCUCAUCUGCCCAAGUGCUGAAGUUUCUACAAAUGCCAAGCACUCUGGUAAUGCUCUCAAUCUAGGGUGUUUCGGCACUCAUAGAUUGUAAAAAAAAGUUCUCACUGUUAUCUAAAAAGAAAUGCAAUUUAGUUUUUGUAUGACGUGGUUUUACGUAGCAUGGACUAGUAGCCCUAACAAUACUUACCUUUUAUACACUUUCUUUACACAAUUUUUUGCACUAAAAUUCACUAAAGAAAAAAAAAGUCACUAGGGAAAUGACCUACGCACAUUGCUCAUCAACAUUGCAGCAUCUGCAUAAUUCAAGAGCACAAUAUUUCUGCUUGAGUGAACAUUGCCGUUUACUUAUUUUACACAAUCAAGAUGUCGAACUUCCAUUCCAAUGACCUGCACUGUACAUCGGGAGUUCACAGGUCAACAAGGUUCUGGUGGCACAUGUUGUUUCAAAAGUGUGAGCAGAGGUCGUCCCUAUCAAAAUAAUUUUAUAUGCAGUCUCUUAACUUCGUAUUGUCUGUGUUACAUUUGCAGAAACAAAGCUAACUCCGUAUCAGUCCCAUGUAAUCUUUUAUUAGAACAGAAAUUUUUCGCCUGAAUGUAUGAGUACUCUUGUUUUGCUCGACUACAAAGGUUGAGCUGGUUUCAGCAACAUGGGUGGUGACACCUGGUGGUCUUGUGUUGAAACCAAAAUGUACUUAAACUUUCGUUGCCCAUCACUUCUCAUUGGGAAAAGGUACAAGUAUUGAAAAGUUCAUGUUGCUGUGGAAAGGCUCACACCAGCAGUUGAAGGAACACUGUAGUCAUAGGCAGGUUUCCCUGGCAACAAGUGUGUCAGAUCGUCAAGUAUCUUGCUUUGUAACAGCUUUAUAAAGUGAAAUAGUGUAACGAAUAGUGAGAAACAGUUCAUUACACAACUUUGUUUUGCUUUGGAUUACACAAAGAAAAAGAAAAUGUGGUCAAUACAAUACUAACAGAACUGCGAGAUUGCAUUUGAAGUAUUUUGACAGGGACGACUCACUUAUGUAAUGUUUCAGAGCAAUAGUUGUUCGGCUCAUCAUUCCCUAACAUUUCUUCCUUGAAGGACAGGUGCAACAUGUCUGAGAAAGGCCGCCGAUCAUGGUGCAGCCCGUUCUGGCCUAGUCAUGUCAUGGGCAUGCCUGGCUGAUGUGUUGCCAAAGAAGCCCUUCCUCUCCUCUCAGCGUUCGUUUUGUCCGUUUGCAUUUGCACCUGCUGUUUUGACUGCCCAGAGGAACUUUGGGCAUUGUUCCUACAAGCUUUCAUCUCCUGUUUUGAGGGAGAAGGCAGCAUCAACCCCAAAGGACGUUGUCCAAAGAGCCACCAGUGGUUUGUCCCACAGUCAGUUGGCUACACAAGUCGGUGUCUCUCCUCCAGUGUGUGUGCAAGGUCCAGCUAGUGAAUCUUGCGUAAGUUGGUGACAAUGAUCUCGGGCAUUGUUCCACAUGGCUCCUUACUUUCUUGUACCACGUGGAACCAGCAGGUGGAACCGACUCCAAAGAGCCUGUGCUUUGCCGUAAGAUUGGCUGGCUACUCGUAUGAGCACCUUUUUUCUGUACACACAUGUACCAGAAAAUCAGGCUUUGUUGCAAGCCAGGUGUAACAAAAUAGGCAACUCUGGGGCGUUAUUCUCGAGCAAUCACUUUUGGGGACACUGUCACUUUUGUAAGAUUUUGUGUGACUUGGCACAGAAUGCUGUGGGUUGUAUACUUUGACAGGUCUGGUGUCAAAUCGCUUAUAAUUUUGUGAGUGAUGAUAUUCCUGAAAGUGAUCACACGAGAAUACCACCCCUCAUCAAGCAGUCCAGUACCCGCGUCAGACACGAAAACUUUCAUUGACCAUUAUAGCCAUCCAUGACUGUUGAAAUUCACGAGCCUCAUCAGAUCCAUUGUGCAAACUAGUGUGAUAAUACCAAUGAAAUUUCGGACAUCAUUGGAGAAACCCACGGCUGAUGCAAGGUAGUUUAACACCACAAUGGGCAUAUACAGGUUUUGUGUAGGUCUCCACGAUGGCAGUCAAACUUGUCGCAAGCACAUGCUUUGUUGCACGCGCAUGCGGUUUUUUUUUUUUUUCUGCUUUCUUGUGCAUGUUGGCUGCGGUCAAGGAAGGGCAUUAUGAUAACCCAGCACCACGUCUCGACCUUGGGUCACCUUGUUGUGCAUGACGGGGAUGGCUUGUGUUAGACCUAGUUGUUGCAGCAUACUUACGUAGUACAUACUCAGAUGUUUGCAUCUAAACUCCUGUCCGCAUCCCAUUUUGCGUCAGGAUACAGUUUACGAUCAUUUAUGCUAAGUAGCCUAAUACAUUUCAGAGGCCACUGCCAUUUUGUUUAACCUCUUUUGUUUGCUAGGUGUUGCCAUUUUGUCGAGACCGUCCCCCAGUUGGCAUUCUAAAUUUUUGUCGUUUCGGCCUCUCAUUCCACCUUUUUUCUUGAUGCAUUAACACUCUGUAGUCCUCGCCAAGUUCCUGCACUUUUUGCAGGAACUGUUUAUGACGGACAAAAUAAUCAUUGGUGACUUCAUCUUCACUCGCCAGCAAGCUAGCUGGCGUUGUCUGCAUUGCAAACUGCGGAAGGUCUUCCACCUCUUUUCUACUGGACAUUCCGGCUCCAGGUCAACCUUUUGUAUUACUGCCGUGACGUUCCUUUAUUUUGCUUGUGUUUGUAUCUGUCAUGAACUCUUCUUGUGUUUUGUUUCUAAUGUGUCACUACAUACAAUAAAGCCAGUCUAUUUUUCACACAA